ACCUGCUCCAACCUCAGCCUGUGGAAAGCUAAGUUUUGCAAAACAUUUUACUGUAAGCGGAUUUUACUUGAAAGCGACAACAAGUACUUCAUCUGUGGAUCGUUUGUACUUGUUUUUGUUUUUCAAGUUUGAAGAUGGCUCGCCGUGGACCCCGACUCAUCGACAGCCACCUGGACUUCGCUGCAGGGCGUCUUGACUAUGUGGUUGAACGCCCUGCAGAAGAAGGCCUUCCCGAAGUCAUCAGGAUCCUGGAUGACAGUCUCCAGAGCCCCACCUCUUCUGGUGAAGCUCAGGACACUGAUACCCAGCGUAUCAGUGAAGGUGAGUGUGGUGAGUAUUUUCCCACUCUCUCACCCUCCUCCUCUUCUGAUGAAGCUCAGGACACUGAUACCCAGCGUAUCAGUGAAGGUGAGUAUGGUGAGUAUUUUCCCAUUCUCUCACCCUCCUCCUCUUCUGAUGAAGCUCAGGACACUGAUACCCAGCGUAUCAGUGAAGGUGAGUAUGGUGAGUAUUUUCCCACUCUCUCACCCUCCUCCUCUUCUGAUGAAGCUCAGGACACUGAUACCCAGCGUAUCAGUGAAGGUGAGUAUGCUCCUUCCUCACCUCUCUCAUCUGCUUCCUCAGAUGCUUCCUCUGCUGCUCCUUCCUCACCUGCUCUCUCAUCUGCUUCCUCAGAUGCUUCCUCUGCUGCUCCUUCCUCACCUGCUCUCUCAUCUGCUUCCUCAGAUGCUUCCUCUGCUGCUUCUUCCUCAUCUGCUUCCUCUGCUGCUUCUUCCUCUGCUGCUUCUUCCUCAGCUUCUCUCUCAUCUGCUUCCUCAGAUGCUCCCUCUGCUGCUCCUUCCUCAGCAAAGAGAAGCAGAGAAGACAUCUACACCGAAGAGGUAAGUGCAAAGAGGUGCAAGGUAAGUGACCAGUUUGAUGCCCCUUCAACAUCCUCAGGUAGUUUUGCAGUAAGACGUUUCUGGGAGAGGCCUUUUGAGCUUUCGCUUGAUGACAGUGACUCUGAUUAGUUUAUGUUAGAACAUGUUUUUAAACUUUGUAACUCUUGUAUUAUUGUAUUGUAUUGUUUUUUUUGUUGAUAUGUGACAUUAAUAUUAAUAUUACAUUGUGACUGAAAG